UGGGCCCGUUCACACCUAAAAGGUCGCAUAGGCAUAUCAAAGGUCGUCUUAGAAAAUGCUCCAAAAGGCACCACUCUCUUUGAUUUUGCUAAUCAUUGGUACAUGCUUUCGUAAAUCCCAAGCAGCCCUGGGUGGAGAAACAUGCACCGUUCCUGCCGUAGGUAGCGGUGCUGGAGCCAGCGCACAGUGCACUUCUACGGAAAAUGGCUUCUGUCUUAUUGACCAGCUCACGGUGACAGGAGCUAAUCCCGUCACUGGCGUGAAUACGGCCGGGAAGUGUGUCUGUUACUACGGAUAUAGCGGGCCAAAGUGUGCCACGAAAACGUCUACGACUUCAUCAAAGUCCAAUUCAGGAACCCUCCUAUCGGCCGCCGCCCUUUCUGCAUUAGCUGCGUAUUACCUCUCUCAGCAUAGUAAUAAAGACAGUUAUUAUUAUAAUAAAUACUAAGGGGAAAAAAAGAAAAAGGAAGGAAAUAAAUGAGCCUUCCUUCCUGACUGGAUCUUGUUUACUUUGCCUGUAAAGUAAAAGAUUUGGAAUUAAAUCAUUCA